UUAAUAAAUCGCUUUUAUCAAUAAUAAAAACUGGGAAAAACCUAUAGCUCUAUUUUUACUAUAAAAUUCCAAACACUUUUAUGGUUCUCUCAGAUCUCAAAAUAUCUGCGGAGAACUCACCUAUAUAAUCAAAAAAUAAAAUAGUUCCGAAAUGAAUAAAUUAAUUAAUUAUUUACCAGCAUUAUUAUUUUUAUCACUCAAUAUUGUUUCGUAUCCUGCGACAGAUGGUCAAUUAAUAAAUGAACAUGCAAAUCAACAAAUCAACAAUACAGCCGAUGAAUCGGUGGAUUGGAUUAACAAAUCUCGUUUUCCAUGGGUACUGCCAAUUUUUCAAUUAGCAAAUUCGAGUAUACCUUCUAGACGUUACAACCGCACAUUCAAAUGCACAGGAGUUUUGGUUAAGCCCAAUGCAGUUCUCACUUCUUCGCGUUGUAUAAAAGAUGAUGAAUCGUAUGUAGUUGCAACUAAUAUGGUACGUGUAAGUGCAGGAAGAUAUGAGAUCCUUCCUUAUGUCGGUCAUCAUAGACUAUAUCCUGCUGUCCAUAACACGCCUUAUGAAUUAGCAUCUAUUACAAGUGAAAUCAAAAACAUCACUUCGGUUGAAAAAAAAAUAAUAGCUGGUGUCGUUAUUUUAUUUUUUGACACUGCAAUAAGAAGUGUUUCAUCUGCAGCACUUGAUCAAUCACCAAAAAGAUAUGAAAUUUAUUCAAAAAAAAUUGACAGAAUGUGCGUGAGAGUUUCUAUGAUAAAAGAUUCUAAUAACAAAAUAUCUUCUAAAAAAUUUCCAGAAAAAUUAUCGUCUUAUUCUGAAUUUGUCGAUGCAUAUAGCCGUUUUGAAAAUAAUUCAAUCGACAAAAACAUCUCAGACAUAACUUUUAAUGAUUUUGUCAGUGUCAUUGCUACUUUAAAGAAUGAAACAUCGAACUCAGAGGCUCUCUUAGGAAGUCCUCUUGUUUGCCGAGGUAAGGAUGAUGUUCCGGUCAUAACUGGAUUAUUAAUAAAUACUUCAUAUGAUGGAUUGAAAAUGUACGCAAUCGUCGGAGAUAUGGAACAGUGGAUAAACUCGAAACUACGUGAAUUUAGAAGCCGCACUGAGCAUUUACCUAAUUCACAGUAUGAUAUCCAGGAAAUAAUGUAUCAAUAUGAUUUGUAUUAAUUUUUUCUGUGCGGUCAUAUUGUUAUCAUGUAAUAAAAUCAAUUAAUAAAUAUUAUGAUGCAUUGCAUUAAACAACAAAAAAUCUGGAAUAUGAUUGACAUUGUGGGCGUCCCUGAACCCCCCACUGUAUUCAAUCUCCUUAAAUUCAAAAAUUGUAUAGUGAGUACAUUUUUGAGCUUUUGGAGUUCAAAUGGUGAUAUCUUGCCUUUAUUGUAACAUAAUGUUACCAUUUCUGAUAAUCUUUGAACAGUAAAAUAAUAUUCGUUGCUGAACACACUUUUGAUCGUCAGUUAACGAUUUAUGAGUAUUCAAAAGGAAUCAAAACAUUUUUAAUCCUCACCAAACAUAUUUUAUAAUCAUGAUUUAACACAUUUCAAUCCUCAAAUGAGUAAAUGUUAUUUUACGAUUUUGAACAGUUUGUGAGCAUUAUAAAAAUAUUUAACACUCAGUAAUCAUAAAAUAUCACAAUUUUUGAUCACAUAUGAGAAUACAAAACUAUCGAUUCGUGAGUAUUAAAAAUAUUUUAUUAUGACGGAUACUCAUUAAACGUAAAAUAUUAUUACAAUUUCGA